AUGAAGAUGACAUGGAAGAAGAACACGAGCGACAGUAAAAGCAAGACGAGGAAACGACCCAUCUUAUUGAACCCCAAUCUCCCUUUUGAAGACAUUAAUUCCAGUUCUGAUGCAGAUACUACGCCGGAGAAACUUGCGAACGACGUCGUUCAAGAGAAAACCUCGCUUCCCGAUGAAGAAGACGGCAAAGGGAACAAUCUUGCUCAAGAAUUCGAAGCUCAAGGGAAUAAACUUGCCGAGGAAGGAAAAUACAGGGAAGCACUCGGCAAGUGGGAGACUGCAAUUACUUUGAUGCCCGAACGUGUUGUUCUGCACGAACAAAAAGCUCAGGUUUUGCUCGAGCUUGGUGAUGCAUGGAGUGCUUUGAAGGCUGCAACUAGAGCUACGGAGUUGGAACCGAGUUGGGCUGAGGCGUGGAUCACACUUGGAAGGGCCCAAUUGAACUUUGGCGAACCCGAUUGUGCAAUUGAAAGUUUUGACAGAGCACUGGCUAUUAAGCCAGAUUCUGAGGCGAAAGACGACAGGCAGACUGCAUUGAAUUUAGUGAAGAAACGAAAGCAGCUUCAUUUAACAGGUUUGAGUUCUACAGAAGGUCGUUUUAACGUAGGAGAUCAAGGCUUGGGAAGCUUGUGA